AAUCUAUAACUACUUAGUAGAAUGUUUACGAAAGUAGAAGUAAAUAUGCUGAUUACAUAUUUAUCAAUUUUUGCCCUGCUUUACACUGCAGCUGUGGAUGCCGCCGUCGGCGAUGUGGACUAUUGUAGCGCAGCUUACAUGUGUAGUGGCCGUGUCGAGAAACAUGUCUUGGCCUGUAACCAUACCGGGGCCUUCGCCGCAGGUUGCCCAUCCAAUGCUGAAAUGUUGCCGAUUACGGAGGAGUUUCAACAACUUUUUCUAGGUGAGCAUAAUAAAUAUCGCAACGAAGUGGCAAAGGGACUUGUUUUCGAGCCAGCUGCUGCUAUGGCCACUUUGGAAUGGGAUGAUGAGUUGUCAUACUUUGCCGAAUUUAACGUGAAACAGUGUGGCAUAAUAUAUGAGGAUCAGAAAUGUUUCACCACUGCGCGCUAUAAUACGCUCGAUCAAAAUAUCGGUUGGUUGUUCUAUACGAAAUCGAGAUUCAAUCGCACCAAAAUUUACGAUGAUAUUAAGGAACAUAUACGUGUUUACUGGUAUGAGCAAUAUCACGAUUGUACACAGGCGGAAAUAGAUUCGUAUCAUCCACCGCAAUACAAAUUAAUUUUACACUUUGGUAAAAUGGUAAUGGAUCGCAAUAAUCGCGUUGGCUGUGCCGCUUCCCUAUAUGAAACCGAUUAUGGAUUUAAUGUGCUCUUCACGUGCAACUAUGCCCGUCGCUUAUUCUGCUACAAGCCCAUAUUCCGUUCUGGCCCUUAUCCAGGCUCCCACUGUAGAACUGGCAUGAAUCCACGCUAUCCAUUCUUAUGCUCAACCAAAGAAGAGUUUAAUCCCAAUGACUAUAAAGUAUAGCUUUAUGCAAUAGAUAUUGAACGAUUAAUAUGUAUAUUUAAGAAUAAAAGCAAAUUAAUUAAUUUUCGAAUCAGA